AUGAACUUCUGCGAACCACCAUGGACUGGAGGGGAGGCAGUUUUAUACUGCCAAGACGAAGAUUUGACCUCGAAACAGCUUUAUCGUGACAAGUUUAAAUUAUUUAUGUGUAAUUUUCUGUUGCCACAUUUCCUCAUCAAUAAAAAUACGAGGCAUAUGUUAUACAAGACAGGACUCCACUCGUAUUGUCCUGCAGCCAAAAAGUAUGGAAGUGGACCCCCUAAAAACUGCAGAGUUUAUGAUCCAAACCAAAAACCAAAAUCGACCAUUGAAAACUGGUUCACCAAGGAAAUGUUUUACGAUUUGUUCCCUAAAGCAAAUCUUGGUUGGGGACCGCAUAAAUGCCUUCCGUAUUCGUAUGAAGCAUUUGUGAUUGCUGCUCGUUAUUUUCCAGACUUUGGCACGACUUACCCUGAGGAGGAAAUGAAAGAAGUACACACUCGAAGGGACGUUGCGGCCUUUUUCGCCCAUGCCGUCCAAGAAACUGGAGAAAAUAAUGCGCACUUAUACAAGUUAGGCUUAAACAACGACGAGCUAACCGACGAAGAAGCUGGGGAUUGUUUUUACAGGGGCGGUUUUUACAACUGGUUUGAAGGUGGGCCAAUAUCGAUGUUUUUGACCACUGACGACCCUGGUUUCACUCCGGAAAGCGGCGAAAGGUGUCGGAGCGCUGGGAGGUACUGUGCAAAUAACUCAUUAUUGAACUACUUUUAUCCUUGCAAGGGUGACCGAACAGAAGGCGACUUGUAUACUGGAUGUUACUUCGGUCGGGGAGCUAUUCAGAUCUCAUACAAUUACAAUUAUGGACAAUUCCAAAACUGGUUACGACUCCAAAAUAUAACAGCUGACCUCCUGGAAAGUCCAAACCUUAUUUUAACAAAAACGGAUCCCCCACUUACAGUUAUGGCAUCAUUGUGGUUUUAUAUGACGCCUCAACCGCCAAAACCGGCGAUGCAUGACAUAGUCCUAGGAAAUUGGAAUGCAGGAGAAAGGAAUACUAGAGACGGGUAUUUUGGACCAAUAUUUGGGCCCACAAGCCUGAUCAUAAACAAUGAAUGCGGCGGUGAGGAUUCUGAUGAGCCAGGAGGCCCAGGUGAAAGCCGAAGAAUAAAAGCAUUCAAAUGGUUUUGCAAAUAUUUUGGAGUACCACCUGGCGAGCAAAAAACUUUGUCGUGCAAAAGUAGGUUUCAUUUCAAUUUAUCAAAGCUGAUAUUUUUUUCAAAAAAGAUCUCAAACCUAAAUUUAAAGUAGUU